AUGACUUCCACCACAUCGAGUAUGGGGUCCCUCACGCCUUCUCGCAAACGAUCUAAGUGGGAAACGAACGAUGAAACUGAAUCGCCCAUUCAUCCACAACCUUCAAAGCGGCGCGCUAAAUCGAGACUGGAGGACACCAGGACACCCUCCGUUUCUUUGCCUUCUCACCCGGUAUCAUGGCCCUUACACAGUAGUUACGUGCCCCCAAGAACGCACCAUCCACCGAUCAUCCCAUCCCGCUCCGUUUACUCCUAUGAACGCCUCAAUCAGAUCGAAGAAGGCUCGUAUGGCAUCGUCUUCCGCGCCAGGGACAAGCAAACCGGGGAUAUCGUUGCACUGAAGAAACUCAAACUUGAUGAGGAGAAGAACGGGUUCCCCAUAACUGCCCUUCGAGAGAUUAACGCGCUCAUGACUUGUCGCCACGAUAAUGUUGUUGGAAUUCGUGAGGUGGUGGUUGGCGAUACUCUUACGCAAGUUUUUGUUGUGAUGGACUUCAUUGAACACGACCUCAAAUCCCUCCUCACGUUGAUGCCUGCUCCAUUUCUUCAGUCUGAAAUCAAGACUCUCAUGCUGCAACUGUUAUCUGCCGUGCAGCAUUGCCAUAACAACUGGAUUCUUCAUAGAGAUCUCAAGACAAGUAACCUCUUGAUGAACAAUCGUGGUACUAUCAAAGUUGCAGAUUUCGGUCUAGCGCGACGAUAUGGCGAUCCCGUUGGCGUAGGAGGCAUGACACAGCUCGUUGUCACACUCUGGUACAGAGCACCAGAAAUCUUGCUUGGAGCUAAGACGUAUUCUACUGCGAUAGACAUGUGGUCGGUGGGGUGCAUCUUCGCUGAGCUCAUCUUGAAGGAGCCCUUGUUUCCGUCCAAGGGCGAACUCGAAUUACUGGCCAUGAUCUUCAAACUGUUAGGGCCUCCGACUAGCGAUUCUUGGCCCGACUACUCUUCACUCCCGCUUUCCAAGACAAUAGCUCUUCCAUCCCCUCAGCCACCGCAAUUCAAACAGAAGUUUCCGUACUUAACAACCGCAGGCAUAGACUUGAUGAUGAGUUUGUUGUCGUAUGAUCCAGAGAGUAGGAUUACCGCGGAAGAGGCUUUACAACACCCAUACUUCAGGGAAUCACCGUUACCCAAGCAUCCAGACCUCUUCGGUUCCUUCCCAUCGGCCGCAGCUGGUGAAAAGAAGCGAAAAGUAUUUGAUAGUCCUUCUGCCCCCGUAAGAGGGGGAGACUAUAAGCUGUUAACAGAUUUCGACGUAUAA